AUUGAAAAAAACGCUGAAAUUAGGAACACUAAAUUCUAGCGGCUGACCAAUCUGCUGAGUUUCGGAACAGACGGAUAAUCUGUGAUAACACGUUCAACGGUCUUAUCGAGCCGAGUGAUAGUAACAUUCGACGAUAAGAAAUGUUUGCAUUUGUUGCCGUAUGCUUGUAAUGGCGACAAGACGUGACCGGUAAAUAAUUAUAGUCUAAGUUAAUACCGUUAAUCGACGUUCGUCUGUUGGAUUCGUUAACAGUGAACGAAUUCGUUUGUGAGCGGUUUGCUGUUUGUAUGUUAACUAUCAAGUCGGCGACAGUAAUAUUAUGGAGGUGAAGAAUCCACAAGUAGCUGUACUCAGCAAUCACGAGGUUUUUGAUCUGUUAAAAAAAACCCAAGAAAAUACAAAAGUUCUUGGAGGUAUGAACCAUUCAACAAUUUUAUAUGAGGUACACAAAUAUAUGGAAAACAAAGCAUGUGCCUUUCAAAGUCCAGAUAAAAUAAGAGCAUAUUUAAUUAAGUUGAAAAAUAUGCCAAUUAAUUUGACAAAAAAGGAAAAAUUGAUGUUAAUUAAUGAUCCACCAGACUCAGUGUUACAAUUAUCCUUGGGUAUCAAAGAUUUUUAUGAUAGACUGACUGAAACUGAAACAGAAAUGUUGUUAAAUGCUUCAAGACAAUUUUCUGGUCAAGUUAAAACUGAUGGCGUAAUAUCUGAAGUUACAAAUGGUGAUGAGGAAGAAGAAGAUGCAAAUUAAGAAUUUAUCAAAAUAAAUUUUAAGUAGUUAAAUUAAGCUAAGACUGAUUUUGGUAAUAUUAUUGUUUAUAUUUAUAUUUUAAACCAUUACUCUAAUUUUAGGCAAAAUAAACCUUAUAUUUUGCAAUA